GAUGACAAAUAUAGUAUUAUUAAUUUUCAUUAAAAUGUUGAAUAUUUUCUUGGCCUCUACUAUUCCUAUGAAUGGGAUCAAUGACUCGAUUACUAAAUGCGCAGAAUUAAAGCAUAAAUGCAAUCCAUAUCUUCAAGAUCCUUGCUGCAAUCCAAAUAGAAUAUGUGUUAAUAAAAUACGUGAUCAACUUUACAUUUCUGAUUAUAUAUGUCUCAAAAAAGGCAUAUUAAAUAGUCCCUGUAAAAAAUCUUUCGACUGCGAAGCAAUAAUUGGAGCGAAAUGUUCCGAAAAUGGACGGUGUGUUUGCAGAAAACAAUCGGUUGCGUACAACGAAACAAUUUGUUUACGGAAUUCAAUGGAUGAUCGUUUAGUUGAUGAACUCAUGGAUUAUUAUUAUGAUUUUACUGAAAUAUUUUAUUUGAAAAGAAAUUCAUCCAAAUCUGAGUGUCAGAUUAUAUCAAGUGAGAUUAAUCUCAUGCAAAUAUUAAAUAUUUUUGUACAACAGAUUUAAAACGAAUGACAUCCAAAA